UCUUAUCUCUAAUCUUAAUUAUGAUGCUCAUUUUGCUACUCCUUUUUUAAAUAGAUGUAUUGAUCUGUUGUCAAGCUGGAGUGGCAGAUCUACUAACUGCUCUGGGAUCAAAUGUUACCAUAAACUGUGAUCUUGAUGAAAAUGAUGUUUAUUGGAUCUUACUGAAAACUCCAGAUCCACCAACAGUGAUUUUGCGAUCAUUCUCAACAACAGCAUCGUCUUUAUACUUAAAUAAAACAUUCAAAAUCAAAUAUUCAGUGCAGUUUAAACAUCGUCUGGUUAUUAAUUACCUCACUGCUGAUGAAUUUGGAAUUUAUUACUGUAUGAGCACACGCACACCUCCACAAUUCAGCAGCAGCACCACAAUAUACAUCAAAACCGAACCAGGUCAACUAACUGAAUUAAAUGAGUGUCUCAAUCAUACAGCAGAGGUGUUUAUGGAACAGAAUCCAAUACAAUGGCAGAUUAUUGGCUUCAUAUCUGCGCUGAUGUGUGGCUGUCUGCUCAUUGUGCUGAUUGUUUCAUCUUUAGUUUUUGCUGCUGGAAAAACAGAGAGGCUGGAAAAACACAUUCAUGCUGCUGAUAUACUGCGAACUCAAGUUACAUAUCAGCCUCAAGACCCAAACAAAUCAGGUAAAUGA